AUGUCUGACAAUCACGAAUUACUAUUACAGCCUGUUUCAACGAUGAUUAAUGAUAAGGAUGAAAAUAUUAAUAUUGAUCUUGAUAAUGAACCAAAAUAUUCCGGCGACGAACAAGAGCCAAAACUGGCCACAGUCAAAAUGUUGCUUGAAUCAAUUGGACAAACUGUAACCGUCGCUUUUCCACUUCGAUCACCAAUAAGUGAAUUAAUCACGCACUUCGCUAAAGAAUUACGUAUGCCAGAAAAAAUUUUACAAGUAACAUUUAAAGAAAAGGUUCUUGAUAAUCAAUUAAGUCUUUCUCAGAUUGAAGUCGAACCAAAUACAACUGUCAGCAUGGAAUUACAUUCAAAAGAUCCAAUAAAUGAACCAUUAAGACCAUAUAAACCACGUCAAGAUAUAUCUAUGCCUGAUGUAAUUACUGUUCGAAUUGAUGAAGGUCAAAGCAUGAGCCGUGAUGUGGUUGUUGAAAUCGAACGAAAUAAUUUUCGUAAACCUUAUUUGGGUGGUGUACGUCAUCGUAUGAAUGGAAAAGAAUUUCAUCAUGCUAGUGCUCAAACAUUACCACCGCAAAGGCCGGAUAAAGGUGUCAUACGUUAUUGUCGUGAUACACAAACAAUUCAAGGGCGACAUCGAGUAAUUCAAACAACAAAUGAACAAUCAACACAAAUGAGUAAACCUGGUUAUUUUGUCACAACUGAAAACGAUCGUUUUUUGACACCACAUCGUUAUCAAACUGCUGAAGAAAAAUUUGAUAUUUUAACUAAAAAAGCAAUUAUAAUACAAAAAUAUUUUCGUCGUUGGUUAGCAAAACGUGAUGUAAAUAUAUUACGAGAAGCAUUUCAAGCACGAUUACAGUAUGAAUUAGAAGAAAAACAAAGAAAAAUACAAGAAAGACAAAAUCGUUAUCAACAUGAUCUUGAUCGACGUUUAAAUCCACGAACAAGAGAUGAUUUCGAUGUACUUUAUGCUGCACUUGAAAAAUGGCGUGAAGAAGAAAUAGCUAAAAUAAAUGCAACAAAACAGGGUGCAUCUCGAAAAGCAGCGUUAGCCUUAUUAGUUGAUGAAGAAACUGAACUAUUAGCAACUAUUGAUCGCUAUAAAACUGAAGCUCAAAAAUAUAAUAAAGAAGUUAACAUUCAACGUUUUCUUGAACGUGUUGCUCAGCCCAAACGAUGGAAAUAUAAAGAUGGUUCAACAACAGAAAUGGAUACACCUUAUUCGAUUCGUGCACGUGAAUUAAUGCAAAUCUACAAUACAAUUACUAUGAAAUUUUUAACACUCGAUGAACGACUUGAUAUUCUUCUAACUUUAAAACAUACUGUGAAAGAACAUGAAUGUCGUCUAACGCAAGAGGUUAUUCAAUUAAUUGAUCGUGAAGCUGAUCUUCUAAUGCGCGGAACAAAGGAAGAAAAUUUAUCUGGUCUACGUCAACGUAUUGCAACACUGUUUCUUCAGUACAUUAAAACACCUACAUUCAAUCCUGGUGUUGUUCGACAUCUUAAGGUACCACAAGAUCCAGUGAUUGCUCAAGAACAAAAAACACUAUAUUGUCGUAGCUGUCAAAAAUAUUAUCCAUCAACAGAAUUCGCUGUUAGUAGUACUAAUGCAAAUAUUGGUAAAUGUCGGCUAUGUCUUCGAUUGGAAAAUAUUGCUAAUAAACGAACAGAUCAAACGAAAUUUAAAUUUUUACUUAAAAAGAUUGAAAAAGAAGAAUGCACGUAUAGUGACGGAGCUCGUUGUAUAUUCUUUUUAACGACCAAUGAUAUAGAAUAUAUGUUUACAAAUAUUUGGGAUAGUCAUUCGGCUUUAAGUGAAGAAUCCGACAUUUAUACUUUAACAUUUGUUCGAUGGAAUCGUCGUGAAGAAUUUUCUCCAUGGAACUGUAUACUCUUGACAUUACAAGAAGCAUCGGCUCAUUUAAAAAUGGAAGAUGCUGAAGCUAAUUAUAGUGAACCGUUUCGUAAAAAAAUUCGUUAUAAACAUGCUGUAUCACGUAGUCACUUUCUUAAACUUGUUGAACAUGUGAGCAAUUAUCAUGAACAACUACAACAAGCCAACGCAUCAAAAGAUAUGACUAUAACAGCAGUGAAAAUCGGUCGACAACGUGGAACACCAACAGCCGUGGCAAAUACAUCGGCAUAG